UUUAUUGCACACGCAUUAUGUUAGUUCGCUCCGAACGAGUUCUUACUAUGUUACUGUCUGAUUUCUUCAGCUUACAGAAAAAGCCACCUUCACUCUCUCUUUCUUUUUCACAAACUCACUUCUAACGCAUCUUCAAAACCCAAACCAUUAGGUUAAUCUUUUCCUCUAUUAGACCCACUUCAUGGGUAAGGCAUCCAAAUGGUUUCGCUCCCUUCUUGCUCUCAAAAGACCAGACUCGCCGUCCGCCGCCGCUCCCAAGGAGAAACGACGGUGGAGCUUCGUCAAAUCCUACAGAGAAAAGGACCAUUCCGCCGUCGACCACCACGCACCACCCGUCCACUCCUCGGUACACGCGGAAAGCGCUGAUCCCAACCUUCCAGCACUCACCGCCGUCACCGUCGUCGGAGGAUUUACCCGAGAAGAAUCCGCAGCCGUUAAGAUUCAAGCCGCGUUUCGAGGCUCUUUGGCAAGGAAAGCCCUUAGAGCGUUAAAAGGAUUGGUGAAGCUACAGGCGUUAGUGAGAGGUGAGAUUGAGAGAAAGCGAACAUCAGAAUGGCUUCGAAGGGUCCAAACACUCUUACGUAUUCAGGCCCAGGCCCAAUUCCGUGCUGGGCGGGCCCAAAUUUUGCACUCACCUUAUCGGAAUGCAAACCCAUCCACUGCGUACCUCCAUGGAUCACCAGACAAAUCUGAAAGCCCCAUCAGAUCCGAGAGCAUGAAAUAUGAUCACUCACCAUCAUUACUCAAGAGAAACAGUUCAAAGUCCCGCAUGCAGAUGAAUGUUAAUGAAGAGAAAUCAUGGCAUGAACGAAGAUGGUGGUCAAGAGGUUUUAGCCUGGACGAAGAAAGAUGUGUGAGGAUUCUAGAAAACGAUUCUGGAAAAGCACACAUGACAUCAAAGGGUAGAAGCCAUGGUUUGGUCGGUGAAGGUCAGUGUUACAGCCCUCUAAAAUGGAACGAGGUUGAGGAAAACUCAUGGUGUGGUGGUGAGAACAGUCCUCGUACUUUAUCCUCCUCGUCUAAAAAUGGUGUCUCCAAACGAAGCCCUUUUACUCCUACCAAGAGUGAUGGGUCAAAGAGCCAUGGAAGUGGUUAUUCUGAACCUGAUUAUCCGAGUUACAUGGCAUACACUGAAUCCUCAAUGGCAAAGGUGAGAUCUGUGAGUGUUCCAAAGCAGAGACCCACCCAAUACCAGAGGUCAACUUCAUCUUCUAACAGCUACUCGCUUCAUCAUCAUGGAUUUCAAUCUGGUGACUCAAAGUUGGCCACGCAAAGAUCACACGCAAACUUCACUCAUAAGGCUUACCCUGGUUCUGGUCGUUUGGACAAGCUUGGGUAACCUGUGCCGUAUUAUAAAUAAUGACUAACGUAAAUAUAUGUUCUGUUGGAAUGGAUUUUCAAUGUUUUUAU